AUGGGUUCAAACGGCUCCGUAAUCCGGGCUGGGGUCGAUCUGGCUGGUACAUGGAUCACGUUGGUGUCAGGUGCAUCAGCCCUAGCAUUGGCCCAAGCUGAAUAG